AUGAAAAAGAGGUCCUCCGUAGAAGCUAAACAAGCCGGGACUGCAAGUGCUUCCAGGGCUCCGAGUGUUUCAAGUGCCAGUACUGGUUCAGCACAUGGAAGGCUGGCACAAGCACCUCAAGCUGUAGGUCCUGUUGCAGCUUCACCUCCAGAAGCGGACAGUACUUACGUCAACCCAGGCAAAACGAGUGGUGACGCACACCAAGCCGACUCUCGUCGUGAAAGAGACAGCCCAGUCCAUUUGGACUACACCUGGGCUGGCAGUAUGAAGUAUGUCAUGCCAGCUGCCACCCAACAAGAGGGCCUCGGGGGAGCAGACCAAACCCGCAUUGACCCCGGAAAAGCUACCUUGCACCAUUGGGCAUGGGUAAAGGUGGACAUCACGAGUGGUCUCCAACUUUGGAAACCAUCUUGCCCGAAAAAAUACAAGAUUCUAUUAAAUCAGUGA